ACUUUUUAUUUUUUUGUUAAAAUUCCGAAAUUUUCUUGAUAAUUAAGAAACAAUCUACGUUUUUAAAAAUAAUGUCUCGUUAAAUUGAUUUGUCUUCGUUAAAAACAAGUUUACAGCGAAAAAAACAGAAAAAACGGCCUAUUCGCGUCAAAUACGAAAAAAUAAUGGCGAGCCCACGAACAAGAAGAGUUUUAAAAGAUUUAAAAGUAACGAAUGGAAACAAGUCAUGCUUUGAAUGCGGGACCUUGAACCCCCAAUGGGUGUCGGUCACCUACGGAAUCUGGAUUUGCCUUGAAUGUUCGGGGAAACAUCGGGGGCUCGGGGUUCAUCUGAGUUUUGUUCGUUCGACGACAAUGGAUAAAUGGAAAGAAGCAGAACUUGAAAAAAUGAAGGUGGGCGGAAAUGAUCUUUCACAAAACAACAGUCGCUACCUCGGCAUCGGGAACCAACCAAUCAGGAACGAGGAAACUGAGGGUGACUUUUUAUCAGGCGCGAUGUCCUCCUUGACCACUGGGUGGCAGGUGGCGUCUAAGUGGACGGCGAGUGCCGCGACCGCUGCCAAGGAAAAUGCGGUAAAACUCGGCAGUCAAGCUUCAACGAUCGCGACCGACCUCGGGUCAAAGGUUAGCGACAAGGUCGUGAAGCCGACUCAGCAAAAAAUCAACGAAGGCCGAGUCGUUGAUGACAUCACGUCAAGUGUGACAUCAUGGGCGGGAAAGUUGAGUAGUUACGGAAAAUCUGGAAUUACAAGUUUGAGCAACAUUAUACAGAACAAGGGACAACAAGAGGAUGACGUAAACAGCGAGUUCUGGGACACCUUCGGAUCCUCGACGAUAAAUCCGACCAAUCAGAAGCCUCCGUCCACCGAAUUUGAUGACGUCAUCAAAACGUCACGUGAUAAACCUGCACCAAUGAAAACGGAGGACGAAGAUUUAGAAGCGUGGUUGAACGCCGAUUCCACGGCGCCCGUGACGUCAGCUGUGACGUCAUCAAACGCGACGUCAUCCGAAGUGACGUCAUCGGGCCAAAAAGAUUCGUGGGGAGGAUGGGAGGAGGUAGGAUGGGACAGCGUUGACGUCACGAAAACUAACAAUGAAGUCAGUGUGAUGUCAUCAAAGAACGAUUAACCCGCUAGGUGGCGAUGUUUCCAUUGUGACGCAUAAUUAGUCUUGUCUAACUGUUGUGACGUCAUAGUAGCUAUUGUAAAUCCGUGCGCUAAUAUAAUGUGUUGUGUCGAGAUGGGACGGUUGAAUACAUUGUUCCAUGGUGUAACUUGAG